UAUCCGGACCCGGAAGUCGCAGCCUCAGCUCGUCGGCGUCAAACGCGGGAUGCUCCAAUAACUUUUUAACGUAUUUUUGAAGUUUAAUCUCCUCCGUUCCGCCCGGUCUCCCGGUGGUUAAACGCAGCUCGCCUGCCAUGCUCGUUGUAUCGGUGCGCGGGGCGCUCUUCCUGUGCGCCUUGCUCCAGCUCUUCUCGCUGCCCAGCGCACAGGUGCCGACCUGCCAGGAGGUGCGCACGGCGUUCCAGUCUCUGCAUCCGGGCUCCAAGUGGGUCCCCGAAGCCCCGGUGUCAGGUGCGGAUCUGCAGGUGUGCCAAACCAAAGGCCCGACCUGCUGUUCCAAGAAAAUGGAGGAGCGCUAUCAGGUGGCGGCGCGGAGCAACAUGGAGUCGGGUCUGCAGGCCGUCAGCGCUCAGCUCAAACGCCUCAUCAUCCAGAACGCCGCCAUAUUCCAAGAGGCCUUCGACCUGGUGCUGCGUCACGGCCGCAACUUCACGCUGGCCAUGCUGAAGGCGGAGUUCCCCGGUCUCGGGGGCGGAGCCCGGAGCUCCGUGGGGCAGCUCUUCCUGGACCUGUCGCUCUACAUCCUGGGCUCGGACUCCACCGUGGACCACAUGGUGGCGGUGCUCUACGGCCGCCUCUUCCCUCUGGCCUACCGCCACCUGCUGGGCGGCGGCACGUCCUCCGCGUCCGAGGAAUGCGUGAGAGGGGCCUGGAAGGACUCCGGAGCGUUCGGCCCGUACCCCAAGCUGAUGAUGACCCGCCUGUCCCGCUCCCUGCUGGCCACGCGGGUCUUCCUGCAGGCGCUGAACCUGGGCAUCGAGGUGGUCAACACCACCGAUCACCUGCGGCCCGGCCGGGACUGCGGCCGCUCCCUGCUGAGGCUGUGGUACUGCCCGCACUGCCAGGGCCUGCUGGGGCCGCCGGCCUGCCGGGGCUUCUGCCAGGCCGUGAUGCACGGCUGCCUGGGGGGCGCGGCCGAGGUGCAGCCGCACUGGAGGAGCUACGUCGACGGGCUGGGGAAGCUGGCCGGAGCCAUGAGGGGCGAGCGGGACAUGGAGGCCGUGGUUCUCAGGCUGCCUUCCAUGAUCAAACUGGCCCUGAGGCACGCCGUGGGCGCCCGCGCCCGCCUCACCGCCCUGGUGAGCGGGAUGUGUGGAAACACUCCUCAGCGCGCCUCCCGCUCGGCGGGCUCCUCCCCUCCGUCACCUCCUCAUCCUCCGCCGCCUCCUCCCGCGGCCCGCGAUGCCCCGGACUCCGACGAGACUCUGCUCGGCCUCCGCAGGGAGUUCAUAUCCAACUUGAAGGGCUUCAGCUCCUUCUACAGCGGUCUCGGGGAGGCGCUGUGCAGCCGCGAGCCCGCUCCGGAGAACCACUCCCUCUGCUGGAACGGACAGGAGAUGACAGACAGGUUUCCCGGGCCGGGCCUGAAGAGAUCGCACCCCGGCUCCGAGUCCAGAAGCAACAAGCCCCCCGAGCCGAUCAUCAGCCAGAUCAUAGACAAACUCAAACACAUCAACCAGCUGCUGCGGCUGGUGACCGCGUCCGACAAACGGUGGAGGGCCCGGUCGCGGGGAGCGGACGCCUGGGGCGACGAGGAGGACGGAUUCGAGAGCGGCGACUGCGACGACGAAGACGACGAGUGCGCCGGAGUGUCCGGGCUCGGGCCGCCGCCGAGACGCAAGCGGCUACGCAUCUUCGCAGACCUGGCCGAUAACCUGGCGAUGGACGACUUCGCCUUCCAGGAGCAGCUGCUGACCCCUCGCCUGGCCACGGCCGGCGGCGCCUCCUCGCCCGCCGCGCCGCUGUGGAGGAGCCGCCCGGUCCCCGCGCUCCCGUUGACGCUCGCCCUGCUCCUCCUGCUUCGUCCCCACUGACCGGUCUCACACCUCCAUCACCUGUCUCUCUCCCCUGGAUUUCAAUACAUGGAAAUUUUUUUUUUUUUUAAAUGCUACAUUUCUCUUUGGCUUCAUUAAAAAAAAACCUCAUCGAACCUUUUAAAGCACACCAGAUGAACCCCACGGCGGGGUGUAAAUAAUAAACUCUCCCCACUACGACUCCUGUGGCCUCCUCACGCGGCCGCGUCAUGGCGCCGCGAGCGAGGAGAACAGACGUUUUUCCCAAAAAACGCUCCCAGUCUGCGACACGUUGUUGCUCUCUGUGUAUAAUCGAGUUAGGAGAAGAAGAUUACAACUUUUUGCUACUCUCUCUUCCAUGUGACUGAUCUGCUGCCAGGACUGCAGCUUCAGCUGAGGGGGAGUUGUUGUGAACUUUUUAUCUCCAGAGGCCGAGGUGAAACCCUUAUUUAAAACAUGCACUGUACCUUAAGAUGUCCUGUUACUACUUAAAGCUGUGGUCGUCACUUUAUCUGUUGAGUUAUUGGGCUAAAAGAAUUAUAUAUAACCUAUAUAACCUUUCAGAAUUUGGGUUGUCAAGUGGUACGCCAUGGUCCGGGCAGAAUAGAGCGCUAAGCCCCUCCCACUAGUCAUUUAUUUAAACGUUUCCUCGAUCGUGAUUGGAGACUUAGAGGCCCGUUGAGAUGGGUUUCCGAGAUGGAAAUAGCAACUUUUUAUGCAGGAUAUUUUGCAGCUGAAUUAGGCUUUCGCCAUCUGAAGGGACGCAUCAUGCAGCUGUAGAACGAGCCAAUAGGAGAGCUCUCUUUCUCUGAGAUGACUUGUGAUUGGCCAAAGUUUCUUUGUCAGACUUCCCAAUGUUCUAAAGCGAGACAACAGAGCCGAGGUCUAGUACACAUGAGUUAUAAUAUGCUGAAAGGUUAUUUUAACAUUUUUGCCCCAUGACACCAUCACCCCCUUCCCCCCUUUUCUCUUUCACUGUUUAUGUCUCAGUGAUAACUACAUUAUUAUUUUAGAUGAUUCAACUCACACUCCCACUGUCAGUGUUUGCUUUGUUUUGUAACACUGAUGAUUUAUUUUAUUUUAUUUAAAGUAACAUCCCUGUAAUAAAACAAAAAAAGAUCAUACAAGCCAUUAAAUCUCCCAAAUCAGCCUGAUUACUGUACAGAUGUAUGUUUCUCUGUGUUGCUCUGUUUACAAAGACAAAAUGAUUUAUUUGAAAUAUUAUUGCUGGUUUGUAUUGCGCUCACACGUUCUGAUUUAUUAUUAUUAUUAUUAUGAGUCAGGACGGAUGAACAGAACGCGGCCUCCAUUCAUGGUGUUUUUUUAUUACAUUAAAGUACAAUGUAUAAUAAACUAGACAUGUUUUAGUGUUUUGGGGGAUUUCUUUUGUUGAUGAUGGAAGACAUGAGGCUUUCUUAUUUCACGUGUUUCGUAAACAGUUGUUAUUGUGACUAAUAAGCCAAGAAUGUAUUUGCCAGGAAUGUUUUUUGAACCAUGUGUAUACUAUUCUGCAGAUUUUUUUUUUGUCAUAUAAAUACAGUUGUGUUAUAACGCAUCUGUAUUUUUCAACUUUAAAUUCAUGGCAGUUAAAGGCAAAUAUCCACUAAUUUAAAGAGGGGGGCUCCUCAAAAUGAUAAUUUCUUCAGAUGAAUCUCAGUUCUAGACAUCAAAACUUGGAACAAAAUAACAACAAUCAAAGAUUUAAGUAGGAAAACGAGAAAACUAAUCGACUUUGCCGAAGCAAGUCCACGGACGGCAGAUUUAUUUAAUUAAAAUAUUGCUAAAUCCUGAUUGGUGCACAGCAGAAUGUGACUCCGCCCACUUGGAACCACUGAAGAGGGAGCACGGGCAAAAAACCUGACUGACCGAAACCAGUAACGUGAAAUAACGUGAACUGUUAUCGCCACGCCAUCAUCACAUGAAGGGGCGAGUGGGUGUGGCCUGUCGUGACCACACCCGGCGGUGACGUAGCGGUGCACAGUCCUGCUCAACGGCACUACGGGCAGGAUCUUCAGUCAUAGGGUCUGUUGUGUAACCGGUCCAACAGAGAGGAUGGGAGGUCACCUCAAGGUUGUUGUUGUUUUUCCCGUUGCAGCAACACGGGGAUCAAUAUCACAAACAAUCCCGUAUACUAACACAUCUCUAUCUGGUGAGUGUUGCUCGGAAUCAGAGGCCGGGAGGUCCUCGCUAGACUUUGCACAGCUCUCAACGAUCAGGAAAUGAUCCGCUGUACAAACAAGUGUUGCUGGUUUGUACAAAACAGCCGCCUCAGCACAGCAGAUUGAAGUGGAGCGUGUUUUGUGACUUCCCAAGUGGAAAAAAAACCCUCCAAUGCUGACUUUAUUCUUAAUAUUAUAUCGACUGCUGUCGCACUCAGAAUCCACGGUUGCAGUGAUUGGACGAGAUCCUGCUUCACUUCCCCGUAACUUUCUGCUCCAUGAGUUUUCAGUUUUUGUGGUUUUCUCUGGUUGCUUUUCUCUUUGGGUUUUCCUUCUCUUAAAUCUCUAUGAACAAGACGUUAACGUUUGAAUACCCAAUUUAAGUUAAGAUAAAACAACUAUUGCAACUGUAGUUCCCAUGAGUCUUCGCCAAAGGCUUGCCAUCAGAACCUCUCCGGAGGUGUCAUUGCUCACAAAAUACUUACUUAUAUAUAUAUAUAUAUUCUUUCUGAAUGGUAUGUAUCAUUUAAAUUAUUCGUAGAUUGUAGACUAACGAGACGGCCCCUCUUAGCGACGCUUUCUUUGUGUUUCCGAUUCACCACCUUUUUAUAUGCUACCACCAGGGGGCGCCAAAGUGAUACAUCUUUACGUUUGUUUGUUUUUUUGGGUUAGCAUGGUUUGGAACCCGCUUCUCUGGAUUGGAUAACAUCGGACCAAUCGGAGAUUAGAAGACGCGGUUAAGAAUGGAGACCUCGUCUUCCUCCUCCAUAGCUAGCUAGCUGUUAGCUCCAUUGAAAAAUAAUGUGGAUGAGAUCACGUGGAUGUAAGUAGACUUAAAUGAAUAAACAAUAA